CACAUUUUAGAUCGCCAACAACAAAUCCCAACAUCCACCUACCUACCCACAGCCCACUGCUGCCGACAGAGAAAGCGAGAAAGAAAAAAACCCUUAUCAAAAACUACUGCCAUGGCCACGAUAAACUACCGCCUAAUCGACGUCGACGCACUUGACCCCGAAUCAGCAUUCCCGGCGGAGCUAUUGACACCCCCGUGUGAUCCGAUCCCGACUUCCGAGAUCCAAUCGCUAGCAACGCACUGCCGGCAGCUCCUACAACGUGGAGAUCAAGAGGCGGCAUUGGUAGCGGCUUUGGAGAACGUUCCGUACGGGGGUGAUGAGCAGGGGAAGGAGCUUCACUUGGGAACCGUCCUAGAGAUUUUGUCCUCGAUUAAGGCGGUAGAGAUGUCGCCAUUGCUUGGGAGACUGUAUGCUUCGCCCAGUGGGACGGAGUUGUUGGAUGUCCUUACUAAAUAUCUCUACAAAGGAAUGGCCCGCCAUAACAAUUCCGCUUCUAGCACUUCCACCCCCGGGGUCUCGUCUCAUGCUACGGGUGUUUCAUCGGUUAGUGGGGCCAGGGAGUACGGCGUUGCACCGGGCAGGGGUGAUGGCGGUGGUAUGAGUGUGCUGCUCAGUUGGCAUGAGAAGGUUGUUGAGAUUGCGGGAACGGGGGCAAUCGUGAGAGUCAUGACCGACCGAAGAACCGUUUAACAGAGCACACACAGUCAUAGUACCAUAAUAACCAAAGAGAGAGAGAAACCCCUUUCACACCUGG